AUGUCGUGCCAGCAAUGCCCUGGGCUCUGCAGCUCCCAUGGCACCUGUCUCAGUACAGCUGUCGACCCCAUCGAAGCGGAGACGCCAAGCUGGAACGAAUUCUUUGGAAUGUACCUCCUGUGGCCUGCUGCAGUGCAAAUCACCAUCAGUGUGUUCUUCCAAGUGGUGCGCCCCAUUUACUCUGCGAUUCGCGACAGCAGCACCGGGUUUCGCAUUUUCCUGCAGCGUUUCAUCGGCAUGCCCGACAAGCUGAGGGUUACCUGCCCGUAUCCGAUGGUAUUGAUCCAACUUCUACGGUUGGCAUUUGCACUGGCACAGGGAUACCUCUUUGCUUACAGGACCUAUACCAAGGGAAGGUGGAAUCAGAACAAUGUGGCCGUUUGGGAACUUGGAAUCAGUUGCUUCUUCAUCUUCACUCAUUUGCUGGAGCGACUUAGCGAGGGUUUCCAGAUAAGAUUCCUGAACCCCAAGGCCCUGGUGGAUGUCUUUGUGAUCACUCCCAUCUUCAUUCCUUACGGACUUGAUUUGCAGCUUGUGGCCGUUGAGAGGCGGUGGCUUUGCCUUAGCUAUUUUCGCAUCAUCACAGCUCUUGGGGCUUUCAGGUCACUUCAACGCCUGACUCAAGAGCAUUCGCAGCAUGGAGAUACAGUCUUAGGUCGAUGUGUGCUCACAGUGCUGCGGCUGACCACAAUGAUCGUUUGUAUGGCGGGGACCAUGUUCGUCCUAGAGGUGCUCGGGGAGGUCCCUGGCCUGGAGGACACAUUCUUGACUGUUGGCAUGGGCGAUUUGUCUAUUGUGCAGAUGAUCUAUUGGAUUACAACAACUAUCUCCACUGUUGGGUAUGGUGAUUUUUCACCAACUACUGUCCCGUCGAGGAUAAUGAUUAUUUUCUUCAUUUUUGGUGGUGUGAUCUUCUUCGGCUCCGAAACGGCUGAAAUUCUUGAAAUCUUCACCGAUGCGGAAGAGGGCCGUGGGAGUUAUGUGAACCGAUGGCUUAGAUGGAAGCUGUUCAUAGGCAAAAGCAGGAUGCGAACCCAAAUCGUGAUCACAGGGAAUGGAUGUCACAUGUCAUCCCCCCUGAUGGAGACGCUGUUGUUGGAAACUUUGACAGUGACGGAUGACCAGUGGAAUGUGGAACGGCCUGAUCUGGUAUUCUUGAGCGACAAAGAGUACGACUUUGAUUUGAAGGCCUUCGUCGAAACAGAGCUUGGACCAGGACAAGCGGAGAAAGUUUACUUCCUGCGGGGAUCCGUGUUGAACUCCCGUGACCUGGAGCGUGCGCAAAUACAGACUUCGAGACUCUGUUUUGUCAUCCCUGAUUAUACGGCGGAGGAAGCCUUUGAGGAGGACUCAGCCAACAUCAUGAUGUCGCUGUCCAUGCUCCGCCACUCGCCUGGCUUGCGCUUGCGGCUGAUGUUGUUGCAACCUGAGGGAAGACUGCGGGCCAACAAGAUGGGCAUCCCUCGGGAGCGAUGCUUUUCAGCUGAGGAAAUGAAAUGCGCCCUCUUUGCCCAAAGCACACGGAUCAGGGGUCUCAUCACCCUUCUCAGUGGACUGCUACAGGUCCACACCAACUUUACAGAUCAACAUUUGAGCAUGUUGCGAAAGCAAUUCCCUGAGCAUUGGCGGAUCCCCUACUCUGAGAGCCUCAGGUGGAAUAUCUGUGGCUUUCUCCUUCAUGACUGCUAUGGGAAUCGAAGCUUUGCCUCAGUUCUAGACGAGAUCUACCGAGAGUCCAAUGGCACGGUGAUGUUGAUCGCAGCCGUGCACCGCGGAAGGCUGGUGCUCAAUUACGAGAAAGUCUUGGAGCCAGGACAAGUUGUGGUGGUUUUUGCAAAGGGUCCGAAGGCCUUUGCCCGCUUUGCCAAAGCCACAGGCAGGAAUGAGGAGAAGGAGCGGUGGACCUCGCAGUUUUUGAAAGAACGCACGCACCGGUUGGAGAUGGAGGCAUAUGAGACCUUUCAGGAGCUCAAGAAGAAGGAUAAAAUGCACCUGCAACAGCAGGGACGGCGACAAAAACACCUCAGCGAUGGGGACAACAUGCAAACCAAAAGCAUCUUUGAGGUGACAGGUGCAGAAGCUUUCAAGUUGUUGGAUAAGAACAACGACGGCAGGCUCGACAAAGAGGAGUUUGAGAAGGCCCUGCAAGAGCAACUGGCUUUAGACCAGAGCAACACACCAGACAUUGAGGAACUAAGGGAAUGCAAAGAGCUCACACUACUUCUGGUUCGUGAUUGCCAGGGUGUGUGGCAAGAGGUGGACUGCUUCCUUCAGCUGUUCCGGAAUGACCGGGUGUAUGAGACGCUGCUGCCGAAACCGCCCAUUGUGGUGCUGAGCCAGGUGGAAACGCCGGAGGAAGUGCUGCUGAAGUGGGAAAGCAAGACGUGUUGUUUCCUCAAAGGCAGCAUAUUGAACACGCGGAAUUUGGAGGGUGCUGGUAUAAGGAAUGCUGCCAACAUCAUUUCCAUUGGCCGCAAGGUCUUUGCCAAAGACUCCAACCUGCCAGAUCCGGCUCUGGGGGACUCUGACUCUGUCGAGCUUUGUGGUGCCGUGGAACAGGCGCUUGCCGAUAACCUCCGGAGCGUUGAGCGAGGGCAGCUGCAGCUCUUUGAGUUCAGCUACACGCGAUCCGUCUUCCUAAUGUCGCGGAUCGAUAGGAACUGUGUCGAGAUGGGUCAGAUGAGGAGGAGCAGCAGGAUGUUUGCCUCCGAGAACUCUGGAGUGACUGAAAAUACCGCCGAGCGUGAAGAGGUGAUGGUGACCAAGAACGGUGGUUCGGAUAAGGAGCUUCUGAUCCUGAAUGAAAGCUUUGCAGCGGGUCAAGCCUUCACUUUGGACUUCUUUGGCGGCCUCUUUGGCCGAAUCUAUCGGUUUCCAGCCGCCAUUGAAUUCCUGGAUGCCAUCGCCAACCCCAAUGGAAGGCGACAGUCCUCGCGGAUGUGGCAGACCAUGUGCCCUGCAGCGUGGAUUGAUCGCACCUUCGGAGAAUUGGUGCAUGCGCUGGUGACAGGGGAGGACCGCCAGGCUUUCGGGAAUUUCACCGGGUGCUGCAUCCCCGUGGCUCUGUACCGUGAGAGCCGCAGGCGGUUCCUUCCGCCUGGUUGUGCUGGCUUCAACUGCACGGGUCCUCCGAUGCACACCCGGCUGGAGGCCGAAGACUUCAUCACCAUCCUUGGUGACGAGAACUUCGGCCGAGCGGCGUACAAGGCGGGACUCUUUGACCAAGCUGAUCCUGGACCUCACCAGCACAAGGAAAUCUCACCUGCCACCAUUGAGCUGCUUCUUCGGGAUGAAGCGCCCCUGAAUCUCUGA